CCAUCCCAUUGCGCAGGCGCCAUGGCUUGGCCCGCAUGCGCAAUUGUCUCGUGCGGCCUGAGGAAAUUUCCUUUUACACGCCCUCUGCGGCAGGCUCCAGUUCCUCCUCCUCCUUUCUCCACUUUACUAGUCCCUGCAGGCCUGUGUAUAGAUCUGCAUAAUCAUGGAAGUUCUGCGUCCACAGCUUAUAAAGAUUGGUGGACGGGUUUAUAGGAAGAAUCCCAUCCAAGAACAGACUUAUCAACGUGAAGAAGAAGAUGAUGACUAUUACCAAGGCCUCAUGGAGUGUGCGGAAGAGCCCUGUGAAACCUACGAGGUGGUGCAGACCCCACAAGGUUUCCGAUGUACCGUGAAGGCCCCCAGCCUCCUCUACAAGCAUAUUGUUGGAAAGAGAGGGGACACUAGAAAGAAACUAGAAGUGGAGACCAAAACUUCCAUUAGCAUUCCUAAGCCUGGACAAGAAGGAGAAAUUGUAAUCACUGGCCAGCAUCGAAGUGGUGUAAUUUCAGCCCGAACUCGGAUUGAUGUUCUUCUGCUCACUUUUAGAAGAAAGCAGCCCUUCACUCACUUCCUUGCCUUUUUCCUCAAUGAAGCUGAAGUUCAGGAACGAUUUCUGAAAUUCCAGGAGGAAGUACUGGAGAAGUGCUCCAUGGAUCAUGGGGUUGAUAGCAGCAUUUUCCAGAAUCCUAAAAAGCUUCACCUAACUAUUGGGAUGUUGGUGCUUUUGAGUGAGCAAGAGAUCCAGCAGACAUGUGAGAUGCUACAGCAGUGUAAAGAGGACUUCAUUGAUGACAUUUCAGGGGGCAAACCCCUGGAAGUAGAGAUGGCAGGGAUAGAAUACAUGAAUGAUGAUCCUGGCAUGGUGGAUGUUCUUUAUGCCAAAGUCCAUAUGAAAGAUGGCUCCAACAGGCUGCAGGAAUUGGUUGAUCGAGUACUGGAACGUUUUCAGGCAUCUGGACUAAUAGUGAAAGAGUGGAAUAGUGUGAAACUCCAUGCUACAGUCAUGAAUACUCUGUUCAGGAAAGACCCCAAUGCUGAAGGCAGGUACAAUCUCUACACAGCAGAUGGCAAAUAUAUCUUCAAAGAAAGAGAAUCGUUUGAUGGCCGAAACAUUUUAAAGUCUUGUUCUACCCAAAUCCUACUCAUUCUUCAAAGUCCCGUCCAGAUGUCACCUCCCGUACAGUGCUAUUUGAGAACUUCUACUUUGGUACCCUAAAGCUCAAUUCAAUUCACAUCUCUCAGAGGUUCACAGUAGACAGCUUUGGAAACUAUGCCUCCUGUGGACAAAUUGACUUCUCCUGAGGUGGAUCUUGGGAAGCACUGGAAGUUAAACAUCCUCACAAGGUGCUGAGGGAGAAGUGUCAUCUGUGGAACAUUGGGUGAUAACUUCCCUGGGUGGCUCCCCAAGGAUGCCAUGGUGUCUAAUGGUUGUCCACAAUCACCACACUGUCAGCCAGGAUAGUUUUGGGCAUGGGGAGAACAUGUACCUGUAGCAUAUGCCUGUUCAUCUUUCACAGUAUCUAUCUCUCUUUCCAAAGCUCUUCUCUGGAAGUGUACCUCUGAAGCCCAUUGGAGCUCAGCCUUGCAGUAUUUCUUAUAUACCUACUGAUUUUGCCCCAGCCUUUAAACUCUUUUGUAUUAAUACUUUAAGAGAAUUAUAGAUAUGUGAUCUUAUUAAUCUCUCCACCUAGAUCAAAUAUCAACAAAUUCUAGAAGGUUUGUAUUUUUCCUUUCCUCUUAUGCUCUAACUUUUAAUCAGUACCCAGAAUUUCUUUUUCAUUGUGGUAAAAAAAACAGAGCAUAAACUUUACAGUCUUAAACCACUUAAAAGUGUACAGUUCAGUAAUUUUAAUUAUAUUCAUCUUGUGAAAUAUCUCCAGAACCUUUUUGUCUUGCAAAUCUGAAACUCUGUACCCAUUAAAAAACUCUUCUUUUCCCCUUGCUCCCCCGGCAACCACCAUUUUACUUUCUAUGUCUAUGGAUUUGACUACCUCGUAUAAGUGGAAUCAUACAAUAUUCGUCUUUUUGUGACUGGCUUAUUCUCCUUAACAUAAUGCCCUCAAGUUUUAUCUAUGUGUAGCAUGUGUUGGGACUUCCUUCCUUUUUAAGAAUGAAUAGUAUUCCUUUGGAUGUGUAUACAGUCAUCCCUCAAUUUCCCUUGGUUCCAGGACCUCCCUCUGUAUCUGUGGAUUCUCAAGUCCCUUAUAUAAAACGGUAUAGUAUUUGCAUAUAACUUAUACAUACCAUCCUGGAUACUUUAAAUCAUUUCUAAAUUACUUAUAAUACCAAAUACAAUGUAAAUGCCAUGUAAAUAGUUGCCGACACACAGUAAAUUCAAGUUUUCCUUUCCGUAACUUUCUGAAUAUUUUUGGUCCACAGUUGACUGACUCCACGGAUGUGGGAUCCAUGGAUGUGUUGAGGGCCGAUUGUACUGCAUUUUGUUUAUCCAGUUCUUCGUCAGUGGACACUUGGUUUCCUUCCACCUUUUGGCUGUUGUGAAGAAUGCCCUGUGAACAUGGGUGUACAAAUUAAUAUCUGAGACCCUGCUUUCAGUUCCUUUACUACUUAGAAUUUUAACUUAAGCAAGAUAACUGGUAAAGGUUUUAACUUCUUACUUUGAUCUGUCCUUUUUCUUCUGAGGUUGGUCCCUUUUAUGCUUAUUCAAUUCCUGUUCCUUCACCCUACCCUAACCCUUGCCUUCUCAUACCACUGAUGGAGCUGCAGUAUUGUGGCUCUUUUCUGUUUACUUCCCAGGGCAGCAGCAAUUGGAACAAUGAUGAUAUCAGCAGGACUGUGCAGAGUUUCCCAGGACAAUGUCAGCCACAGAAGGCACUCCUCUACUGCAGACCGGCAGAGGGCGGGGGCUCCUCUGCUUAGCCCCACCCAUCAGCCCUGCCAUGUUCUCUGCUAGGGAGCUCCAGCCUCACUGUCACCUCUCAUCCCUGCCCCCUCACAGCUUUCCUCCCUCCAUGGCCUCUGUCUUUCCUUCACUCCUUAGUCUCAUCCUGAUUUCUUACUUUCUGUUUGAGAAGUCUGAUUCUGAACCCCAUGUGUUAAUAAGACCACUAACUGGUGAGACUGUAUGUAACACUCAGAUUUGUUAUCAUUGUGACAGCACAGAUCAUUUGUGAAUAAAUGGAUUUCUAAAGUGA